AUGAGUUUAAGCAAGCCGUCGGCGACGGCGUCGACUAAUCGAGGAAAUCGGUGGAAGAGUCAUUAUGAUUCAUCGCGUAAGUUCAAGUCGGAUUGGACAAGAAAGUACCCCUGGAUUAAAAAAGCAAUGGAUGGAUCAGACGAUGCGCAUUGCUCGCUAUGCCGAACAAAUAUCACCCCAAGGUUGUCAAACAUCAGCAAACACGAAGAAUCUGCGAAACAUAAAAGACAAGCAAAUUUGGUUUCUCAUAAUUCCAAAAUAUCACUUGCACCUCGUAAUGUCAAUGAUCAUAUUAAAGAGAUGGAACUUCAACUUGCUCUUGCAAUAACAUGCCACACAUCGAUCAUGGCCAUCGACCACCUGGACGAAAUUAUGGUAAACCAUGGAAAAGGCAGUAGUCUGGAACACUUGAAGUUACAUCGAACUAAAUGCAGCCUACUAAUCAAAGAAGUGAUCGCUCCUGCCCUGUACAGAGAUUUGUGUGAAGAUAGGGCUGGUCAGAAAUAUUGCGUCAUUUUGGAUGAGUCAACAGAUGUUUCAUGUAAUAAACUUCUUUGCGUGAUCAUUCGCUUCUACAGCAAGUCGGAGAAAAAAAUCGUUACCGCCCUUCUGAGCCUCAUACCAGUAAUUAAAGCAACGGGCGAGGAUUUGUUUCAAGCAUUGAAAGGUUCGCUGGAGAACGCUGGCCUAAGUCUUGCGAAUUGUGUCGGUUAUGCCAGUGACGGAGCAUCUGUUAUGGUCGGGGAGCAUAACUCAGUAUGGUCCCGUAUCAAAGAAGAGUCUCCAAACUGCAUCCUCAUUAAGUGUGUCUGCCAUUCGCUUGCCCUCUGCAUCAAACAUGCUUUUGAAAAAAUGCCUGCAAACAUUGGUUUCAUGCUAUCCGCUGAAAUACCAAAGUGGUUCUCUAAGAGUAGUGUACGUCGUGAUUCCUACAAGCAGCUCUUUACAGCAUUCGAAGGAUGCCCUGCAGAAGAGUCAACCCUUCCUCUUCCUUUUCAGAAAUGCAAUCAAACGAGGUGGUUGGUGCGGGGAAAAGUAAUCUACAAUAUCCUCACUAAUUGGGAGAUAUUGCAGACAUAUUUUUCUCUUGCGGAAUCCGAAGUAGAUGCAAAUGUUCGAUUUAAGGCAAGAAUGAUCAAAGAAAUGCUCAAUGAUCCAAUAAACCAUCUCUACUUCCACUUUCUAUCACCCGUGGUGUCGGAAGUCGAGAGAGUGAAUGCAUUCUUCCAAGCAACUGAUCUUGAAGCACAUGCGAUGAUGAAGGAGCUCAGCGUCUACUAUGACAGCCUUAAAGGUUGUGUUUACAGUUCGUCUGGUGUACCCUUACCGACGGAUAAAGUGGAUUACGGAGCAAAGUUUGUCUUCGAAGCAGAUGCCCUAAUUCGCCACCAAAACAAUGAUGAACAUACAGUUCGUAAAGUUCGCGAAGUCUACGGGGGAUGCCACACAAUGCUUCUGGAAGCGGCAGCCCAGGCUCAGAAACGUCUUCCUUCUUCUAAGGACAUUUUUCAAGGCUUAUCCCAUCUACACCCUUCGAAGAUUCUAAACCAAGUUGGGCGUAUCGCUUUGGCUAAACUACCAAUGCAGCAUCUGAUACACGAAAAGAUUGAUGAAAUCGACAAUCAGUACCGCAGCAUUUUGUAUGUGAAUUGGCAAGAGAGUGGCACUUUUGAAGAUGGCAUUCCGACCGAUACCAUUAGCUUUUGGUCCGAUGUGCUAGAGUACCAAGACGGCCAAUUUGAAGAUCUUGCAACCUAUGCACUAGCCUGUCUUACAACGCCAACAAGCAAUGCCGUGGUAGAGCGCAUGUUCUCUUACGUUACGGGAAUCAAGACGAAGUCCCGCAACAAGAUGAGUUCUUCCAUGCUUGAAGCGAUCGUGAGAAUCCGCACUCAUCUGUAUUUUAGAGAAAUGUGCUGCAAGGACUUGAAGCCAUCUAAACGAAUGCUGGAACUUUUUACAAAAGAUAUUUACAAGAAAGCAACUGAUUCUUUGAAUGACGAAGACGAAGUUGAGUUACUUGAGUAA